AUGAAGUACGCCAUCGCUCUCCUCUCCUCCAUCCUUGCCUCCUUCGCCCUCGCCGCCGGCCCCGUGCCCCAUCAUGCCGUUGUCAAGGGCGCCUCUUCCGACGAUGCCCCCGAAGCCGACGAUGACAACAACAGGACCACCGUCGUCACCGAUAAACAAACCGUCACCAACUGGAGCCAAUGCCUCAACCAGUGCGGCGGCGCCGCCAGCAACCUCAUCGGCCUGGCCUCCUGCGCCGUGUCGUGCACCUACAACUACCCAACUCUCGGCGGGAAGCCCAACUAA